CCGUUUUCGUUUAUUUUUCCAUUGCAUACAGUACUAAACUAUUCUGAAUUGCUGUGGAGCAUUUUCAGUUGAUUUAGAGUUCAUUUUAACAUUGAAAACAUGAAAUGGACCAAAGUACCAAAAUUCCCUCACUUUAAAAAUGAUUUUAAAUGUAAAGUUUUACAAAAUUGUAAAGGUGAAUAGGCACUUGCACAAAAUUGUGUGCGAAUUUUCCUUUUGUGUGUGUGUGUGUUUAACCAGACAGUUUUACCUAUAUAUUAUACUAUUAGUUUAUUGAUAUUGUAUUUUUUACUCAUUCUCUCUCUCUCUCUCAUGGUAUUUCAGCAUAUCUCAGAUAUAUCUCUUCUUGUAUGGCAUUAAUUUAAAAGACCUGUUGUGGUUGUAAUAUUUGUAGCGAAACAAAAUUAAUAAUACAAAAUUAUUAAUAAACAAAAUUAAUAAUAAACAACCAGACAGUUUUACCUAUGAAAUUGUUAUUAUUAUCAUUCAGCUAUUCUUAUUCUUACUCUGUUCCAUACUAAUACUUUAUCAAGGAUGUCACAAAUGUAUUAAUACAAAGUGCAAUUUAUUUGAGCAGCUCAGUGUGAUUUAUUAAUAUUUUUAUGUUAUACAUUUACCACAAUAACGACUUAAAUGUUUGAAAAAUACAUUUUAAAACUUAAAAAUGGCUGAAAACGUCUACCUGCACUGCAGAUAUGACACAGAUUCAUCUGUUGUUUGGAGUUUAAUGGGAUCUGCACAGCAGCCUUCACUCGCAAUCCCACAAUGCAUUUCACUUCCUGGAUACCAAUGACAACGCGCUGUAUCCAAGCAUGGCGGUGUUGUGUUGUCUUAUUAUUUUGAUAUAUUUAGAAACCGCGCUUUGCAUUGAAGACACGAACGCUACAGGACACGUUAAUAUCACACUCAGAGACACGAACGAGACGUCUUCUGAUCGAAACGAAUCGCUUGAUUUCACGGAUCUGGAAGUGAGUGAAACUCCGGAUUAUUUCCCAGCUCCAGCAGCCUGGACUCCAGAAUCCGUGACGGUGUUCCCGGAUCAGACCGAGUCCUCGGAGAGCUCCAUCCCCGACACGAGCCCCGAAUCCCCGCGAGCCGCCACAGCAGCUCAGCCUCUGUCUGGCGUCCUUCCCGCGCCGCCUACCGAAGUCUCUCAGCUGUGUCCGUGCAAUCUUCAGGACGGGCAGUGCGACAUAAACUGCUGCUGUGAUCCGGACUGCAGUGAGGAACUGGCCCUGUUCACUGACUGCACAGAAGAAAGAGUCAGUAAUGACCCCAGACCGUGCAACCAGGAUUCAGCUGUGUAUCCCCUGAGCUCUACACAAGAGGGUUUAUCUAGUGUCCAGUCCACUGUACAGCAAGACGUCAACCCUGAUGUCUUCUGUAUUGAGUCUGCUAACUAUGAAGAAGGCUUGUCAUUUGCUACACCAGAAGUUCCCACUGAGGAUAAUUUUGACUCCCUUUUUGGUCGAUUUUUGGGAUUCUUUGGGCGUCCGAGUGUGACCAGUGCACUUCAAAGCCCUGAUGUUGGAAAUUCAUCAGGAUACCAGUAUGGAGAAAUCAUUCAAACAGUAAAUGAGACUGAAGAGCAGGAAUUCUUCACCUUCCCUGCCUCCGCAGGAACAGCUCACUGCUUAGACGCAAACCCUGCUGGUUUUCUGAAGGACCAGAUGAGCAGAUGUAUGAGGAGCUUUGAUUUGGUGCGAGAUUGUGAAACACUAGAAGCUCUGCGCUUGGAGACUUAUAUUAAUUUCAACAUCCGUUCUGAGAAGAUCCAGGAAGCUAAAGUCAUUGGUGUGGAGGUAGCAGCCAUUACUCUGCAGUCUUUAGAGGGCACACAGACACCGGUGGACCCAGCUGACUUUGCAUCCUAUAUUCCUGUGCUUCUGGAGUCUGGUGACAUCUGCAACAACGUUGUGCUGCAGGUGAAGUACACUUUCAGAUACAGUGAAGCUGGGGAAAUCCUGAAUGCGAUGGCAUCAGUUUUGCUGGGAGCCAUUAAAAGCGUCACAGUGCCCAUUCAGCAAGAGUUUCAGAUUACAUUCUUGCAGGGCAUCUCUAGCACACCAGUGUUGCAAUUUAGUGGCAAUCCUGGCUACGUGGUGGGACGGCCCCUAGUGGCUGGGACAAGGACAGCAGAUGGGAUAGUUCAGUCCGCUGACCCAAAAGGAUCACUCACUAUCCUCCAAAACUCUGGAGAUCAGGAUUGCUUGUCUGGGUCAUCUCGGCGCUCCCCUGUCCUGUUUGGGAUUGACAUGGUAUCAGGCUGCACUCUGAAGUUGAACGAUGCAGUUAAUUGUUCUUUGGUAUCUGAAGUCAUUUUGUGGGCACUAAAAGGCCAGAGCUUUCCGGACCAUGUAGCCUCAUUUGGAAAUUCCUUGCCUCAGAACCCCCUGGACUGGGUUCCAAUACAGAACCAAACCAUAGCAUUGGGUACGCAGGCUUGCAGCAUACCACUGUCUUACCAUCUUGAAGUAAAAUGGACCCAAUACGGAACCUUGGUGAACCCCCAGGCUCAGAUUGUGAGCGUCAUGGAAACAAUUAUUACUAACACCAGCAGUUUGGCCCUCCUUACCAGUGCCGAUGGUCUUCUGUCUGUCACAAGCUCAGUGGGUUUUGUUGAUGUCUCUGCAUCAGCCAGUCCAGGAUUCAAAGUUCCUCCUACAAUUGAUGCUAAACUACCCUUUGACUUUUUCUUUCCAUUUGUAUAAUGGAAUAUUGUAUAAUGGCUUUCAUCUCUUUUGGCCACAACAUGAAAGGAGGACCACUGUUUCUAUAACCAUGUUUCUUUGAAAAUUUUGUCUUACUUAAAGUUAUAUAUAGUGUAUAUUUAUUGUCUAGUCAUUUUGUACAUAAUGCACUGAUUCACAUUUUUAAAAAUAAAGAAUAUU